AUGGAUUUUGCACUACAGCACAAAGGCCAGUUGGCUAUCGUCACAGCAUUGGUCGUCUACUCUGCCGCCAAGAACAAGCUGACACCAGGCGGCAUUGCAGCCGCAAUCGUGACUGCGGGAAUACACAUGGUACAUCCCUGGGGAGUCUUCUUCAACCUACUCGUAGGUUUCUUCGUCGCUGGUACAGUGGGCACAAAGAUCAACCAUACGACAAAGAGAACUCUCACCCAGUCAGCGACUGGAGGUGUAGGUGGUGAGAGCGCUCGCAACUAUGCUCAAGUGCUGGCCAACUCUGGCACUGCGUCACUGCUGAUUCUAUGGCAUUUAUACGCUUCCAAGAAUGGUGGUAACAGCGUGAAGAACGAGUUCAGCCUGACUGAUGCUAUCCCAUUCGGUAUCGCUGCAUCCUACGCCGCCGCUGCAGCCGACACCCUCAGCAGCGAACUUGGUAUUCUCUCGCCAACUUCUCCUGUGCUCAUCACAGCGCCAUGGCGUAGUGUACCUCGUGGUACCAAUGGAGGUGUCACCCUCACUGGUCUCCUCGCUGGCCUUGCAGGCUCCGUCUUCAUCUCCACACUUGCCUACUUCACACUACCCUUUUCUCGCAUGGCAUGGACCGGAGACUCAAAGUUUCUCUUCUGGGUUGCAUUGACAGUUGCGGGUUUCAGCGGCACAUUACUAGAUUCACUACUCGGUGCAUUGGCUCAAGCAACGGUCGAAGACAAGAGCAGUGGAAGAGUCGUUGAGGGAGACAAUGGCAAGAGAGUCAAGGUCACUGCAGGAGGCAGUCGAGUGCAGAGAGGCAUGGACUUGCUCAACAACAACGGUGUCAACUUCGCAAUGGCCGCCACGGUCGCUGCUGUAGGCAUGGGCGUGUGGAACUCGUUGGUUCAGAAGGUGAUUCUGGCUUGA